AUGGAUAAUUCAGAUCCUUUAGAAUCAGCGAAACAGAUAGCUUGUCAAUCAGCUGUUUCUGACUGGCUUAAAGAUAAUCAGAUUAUUGGACUUGGAAGUGGCACAACAAUCAAAUAUGCUGUAGAAUAUAUUGCGGAAAAAGUGAGGAGGGAAAAUUUACAGAUUCAAUGUAUACCAACUUCAUUCCAAGCCAGACAACUUCUGAUCAACUUUAAACUGCCAGUGAUAGAUCUUGAUGUAUGUGAUCAGAUUGAUGUAACUUUUGAUGGAGCAGAUGAAAUAGAUGAAUAUCUUCAUUUAAUAAAAGGCGGUGGUGGUUGUCUACUACAGGAAAAAAUUGUCGCUUCUUGUACUAACGAUUUUAUAGCUAUUAUCGAUGAACGUAAACAUUCAAAGAAACUAGGUUCAUACUGGACUAAAGGUUUACCAAUUGAAGUAGUCCCAAUGGCUUUCAAACCGGUGCAAACAAAAAUAAAAAAAUUAUUUGGUGGACAAGUGAUUCUACGAGAAGCUGUUUCAAAGAUGGGUCCAGUUGUAACAGAUAAUGGAAAUUUCAUAUUAGACUGGAAAUUUAACACUAAUAAACGAUAUUGUUGGCCAGAUGUUAAUGUCCAAUUGUUGCAAAUACCUGGUAUCGUUGACACUGGCCUGUUUAUCAAUAUGACAAGCAGAGUUUAUAUUGGUAAUUUGAAUGGUACAGUGACUAAAUUGGAUGGAAUCUCAUCUAACCAACAUAUGUUGAACAACGCUAACAACCUCUAA